GACAGCCACGCUGCGAGGUGGGAAAGAGGGAGCGUGUACGCACCUUCAGCCUCUCUCCUCCUCUCCAACCCGGACUCUCUCCCCCUUUCCUCUUCCACUCCCACUUCUCUGGUCGCCUGUAUCCGCGGUAGUUUGCCCCGUCGUGCCCGCAGAGUCUCUGCUUGGUGCACGGAUAUGUUCUUUGAUACAUAACUAGAGAUAGAGGUCGACAUACAGGUUCAGACACACACACACACACACAGAGCUGUCUCUUAUACACAUCUAGAUGUGUAUAAGAGACAGGAGAGAGAGAGAGAGAGAGAGAGAGAGAGAGAGAGAGAGAGAGAGAGAGAGAGAGAGAGAGAGAGAGAUGGAAGGCAGAGGUUGUAGCCGAGUGAGUAGGAGGAAGGGGAUGGGAUGCGUGAUAGUGAUGCUGUUAGCAAUGGUUGGGAGGGUGGUGGGAUUGAUUGUGGCAAAGGAUGGUACGGGGGACUUCAUGAAACUUGGGCAGGCGUUGAACGCCGCCAGUCCUGGGACGCGGAUCAUCGUCAAGCCCGGUGAAUACCGGGAGAAGGUGGUGGUGACCACUCCCAACAUCGUUCUGAUCGGCACGCCAGGGCAGUCCGUGAUCGUGCAAAGCGACAGCGCCAGCGACGCGGGCAGCACGUUGCUGUCCGCCACCUUCACCGUCAAAACCAAGGCGACUGGGUUCGUGGCCAUGGGCAUGGUGUUCAAGAACGAUUUCGGACCGAAUAGCAACGUCGGCGACCAAGCCGUCGCUGCGGCCAUCAUGGCAGACAGCUCCUUCUACGACUGCCAAUUCCUUGGCUGGCAAGAUACGCUGUACGCCAAGAGAGGCAGGCAAUACUACAAGGACUGCUACAUCGACGGAUCGGUGGAUUUCGCCUUCGGCGCAGCAACGGCGCAGUUCGUAGACUGUGUGCUGUAUGCAAAGAGGAGAGGGAGCCUCACCAUAGCCUCUUACACUGCGCAGCAGAGGCUGUCGAGCACCGACACCAACGGCUACGUGUUCAUUGGCGGCCAUCUCAAGUGCGAUGCGGGAGUGAGGGCGUUCCUGGGGAGAGCGUGGGGAAAGUUCGCGCGAACUGUCUUCAUCAAAGUGGCGAUGGAUGACUGCAUCGAUCCGCUGGGAUGGAGCUCGGUGGGAGACUCGGACAUGGGGGCCAGCAGCUUUUCGGCAGAGUACGAGUGCACUGGUCCCGGCGCGGAUCGGUCGGGACGCGUGUCGUGGAGCAAAGUCUUGACAGACGCCGAGGCAGCCACCUUUUCGUCGCCGGCGUUCAUUGGCGGGCCCAGGGGUCCCCCUGCAGGUACCACGGCUGCUCCUCCCACGACCACGGCUGCUCCUCCCACGACCACGGCUGCUCCCACGACCACGGCUGUUCCCACUACCACGGCUGCUCCCAGCUCCCCAGCUCCCAAGCCGGCGGCUGAGCCCAGCUCAGCACCCAGCUCAGCAUAAUAGACGUCCGUCUCGGACUCCGAGGCAAGUUACGGCCGCAUGGAAUAACAGCCCUGCGAAGUUGGAGCUCAUUAAUAACCUGAAUCGAUCACCUACUAGUUAAGCAAUCAAGUACUCGAAGUAAUGACGCCUGUGUUAGCCGGCUAAUUUAUUUUUAUUUAUAUAGUCGAGCUCGGUAGUGACCAAUCAGUGACAUUCCAUCGAUCAAGGAUCGAACCGCUCUGGCGACAUGUCGUCGGCCGGCCAUCUGGAGCUGGGCAUCGCGGCGCGAGUACCAGCCACACAGCCGUAAGACCAGAACGGGGAAUUCCUACCACUUCCUAUAAGUUCCUAGGACUCCAGCUCCGUUUCCGCAGGAGGUACUAGGUGUCAUUUCUCCACCGGGUCCACCCCUCUCAGCCCGCAUACGUGUGUGAGAUUGUCGUACUAAAUGAGGUAUCCAUGUCGUUUAACACCUAUCGAUUUCGUUUCGUGUAACACCACUUCAGACAUCCACUGUUCAAUUUAUACUUGAUAUUUAUUAUUUAAUAUUUAUCGAUUAGAUUAGAUUUACAGAUCCGCAGCCAAGAAAUGGACAACACACGUCGACUGAAUACACUGCCAAAGAACGCAGAAGUCACUGCAGUCUGCAGCUGGCCCACUAACUCUGGCCUGCUAACUCUGAUUCUUUGACGAGGGGGGAAGCUGCCUCUAUAAUUGUAACACACGCGCGUGCAGCUGUUUGCCUGCCUGCGUUUGUAUAGUCGGGUCGACAUGGCUUGGCCUCCCUUUUUCUGUUCUUCCCUCGUCUGCCUUCUCCUUUCGUCGCUUCGUGGUCCAUUCUCUUGUGUUGUAGUUAGUCUUCGUUUCGUCUCAGACUCUUAUUAAGUCAAAUUCUUUGUCCCGUCCUUCGUUCACCGAUUAUACUGUUCAAUCCUCCCUCGUUGGCAGUCGUCGUCGUUCAGUCCAGCUGCAAUCCUCUGCUUGAUCUUCGUCCAACCAAGCUUGGUAGAGUCAUGGUCAUCAUUGGUCUCUACUUUUUGUGUAACUUCAGUUUACAGUUUAAUCCUCGGGCCCUGAUUUUGGUCUGUCCUUGGGUCCGGUCCUCUGGUAAGAUGGGAUGGGUCCAUUCUGUAGUGUGGGGUCGUGAUUCAAAUUUCAAAAUCGUAGUUGAUUCUAUAGUUUGGUGUUCAUUUUCCGAUAAUACUGAUAUCUAUCACUCCGGACUAGCGGAUUCGAGCACAGAAAGUAGCUUAAGUUCUGCGUAUUGAUUGAUAUUGUAAAGAAUUUAAGAGAAAUAGAUAGGCAACUUAAGCAGACUGUUAAAGAGUGCUCCGUAUAUCCAUUUCAUCAAAGCUACUGGCGGGCGGCGAGUGAUUACGGAUUAUGUUCGAUGUGAAUAAUUUGAAAGAGUAUAGGUCAUGACAAUUAAUAAGAUACGUAAAUAACGUGAUCGGUUAUGAAUCAGUCCUGCGGGGCGAUCUGAAUUCUUAGAUAGCGGACGAAACAGCAUUUUUUACUCUCAGGUUGUGCGUAGUCGUGUCGAGCAGAGAGAGAGAGAGAGAGAGAGAGAGAGAGAGAGAGAGAGAGAGAGAGAGAGAGAGAGGGGCGUGUGAAUCUCCUCUUUUUACGUGUGUGUGGGAAGAACCGGCGGAAGAAGGAGAGGGAGGAGUGGGGGAAGGGUGAGGACUCAGGAGGCAGUGCUCCACUGCUCCAUUCUUCUGUCUAUUCAACUGGAGCAAGCCUUUCGCUAUUUCAAGC